ACGGGCCGGUCGCUCCCGCCAACGGUUUUCGCGGGCUUUUCAUAAGAUGCCUUCUUGGUGGGACUAUUUGAAUUUCAACCGUCAAUACAACAAUAAGAGAAAUUUAGAGGAGGGUUUAUUUCAAAUCGCGUCGCAGACUUGCAAUAUAUUGGUUAAAGUGAAUAAUACGAAUAAUAUAAACUUGACGAGGAGCGAUAGGAGUGAUGAAUACGGUUGCGCCGGGCCCCCCUCCGGCAAGAGUUCUAUGCAGAUCUGCGUGCCGAAAUUCCGGAAGAAUUCGAUAACAACUGGCUGCAACCCGGGGCUUUCGACUGUCCUAGAAUCGGGGAGUGUGGGGAACGCUUCAUCGUCUGAUGAGGAGUUGGAACAGUGGGAACAAAUUUUCAUGAUGAGGGAUGAGAACGGGAACAGUUAUAAUGAUAAGAGAAAGAAACGUAGCAUAUGGUGUAGACCGUCGUGCAUUCCAGUUUCAAUAGUGAUAGUACUGAUAGUGUUAGUUGUGUUAGUCCCGCUGUUGGACCAACCUAAUGUAGCGCAUGUGCUGCCCACGGCUGCGCAGGUCAGCAUACAAUGCUCAGAUGAGUGUAGAUUAUCGUUAGUAGAGAGUAUACCAGAGGGGCAUAUGUAUCCUCCAAAUGUCACGCAUAUGCCCACAAAGAACGCAUGGUUAGAUUUAAUAGACGAAGCUCAAUCAUCCAUAGAAAUAGCAUCCUAUUAUUGGAACCUUAGGUUUAAUGAGGGAUAUCCCUACAACUCCUCUGUGGAGGGUGAACAAGUAUUUCAAGCAUUGUUAAAUGCUGGUACUAAGAGGAGGAUCAAAUUGAAAAUUGCUCAAAACUGGCCCUCUAAGCAGUAUCCUAAUAUGGACUCAGAAUAUUUAGUUAGGAAGAAAGCUGCACAGGUUAGAAGUCUAAACUUCUCGAAGUUGCUCGGUGGAGGAGUGCUACAUACGAAGUUCUGGCUGGUGGACCGAGCUCACUUCUACAUUGGCAGUGCUAACAUGGAUUGGCGGUCGCUCAACCAGGUGAAGGAGCUAGGUCUUGUGGCAUACAAUUGUUCCUGCCUCGCCAAAGACUUGGGAAAGAUAUUUGAUGUGUACUGGCAGCUGGGCGUCGCCGACGCGGUGCCGGCGGAGUGGCCGGCGGAGCUGAGCACCGACAUCAACAUGGAGCACCCUGUCAAUAUCAGCGACGGUGUUAGUAACUUCGGGGCUUUUAUCACGAGCUCCCCACCACCUCUGUCCCCGGCCGGUCGCACCAACGACGACGAUGCCAUCGUCCACAUCAUAUCCACCGCCGAGGAGUUCGUGUACAUCUCCGUCAUGGACUACUCGCCCGUCAUCGAGUAUUCGCCUAAACUCAAGUUCUGGCCGAAGAUCGACGACGCGAUUCGCACCGCCGCCAUCGAGCACCAGGUCCACGUGCGCAUGCUGAUCAGCUGGUGGCAGCACUCCGCGCCCGCCGAGGAGAACUACCUGGCGUCGCUGGCGGCGCUCGCCGGCGCCUACCCGCGCCUCGACCUGCGCGUGCGUCGUUUCAUAGUGCCAUCAACGCCGGAGCAAGACAAGAUACCGUUCGCGCGCGUCAACCACAACAAGUAUAUGGUGACUGACAAGACCGCUUACAUCGGCACUUCCAACUGGUACGGUGACUAUUUCACGGACACCGCCGGCGUCGCUAUAGUCUACUCGCCGCAGGAGCACACGUCGUACAACACGAGCGUCGACAUCCGUCGCCAACUGCAGGAGGUAUUCGAACGCGACUGGAACUCGCCGUACGCCGUCCCGCUCAGACGGCUAUAGCUGUCUCUCUCGCACGAUGAAUAUGGUAUUAGUUGACGUUAGAACCAGAGUGAAUAACGGCGGAGAAAUUUAAAGAUAACAAAUGAAGACUUUAACAGUACUUAAUGUAUUGAGUAUAAUGAGAGUUUUCGAUAUAUCAUUUGCCGCCAGAGGGACGGUAGGGUCUUUCGUGUCAAAUGUCGUGUCAGACAGACAUAUGACAGCUUUAUCGUGACAUGCCGAAGGCCGAAGCUAUUUCGUUACAUAUGACAGCUGUUUGACACGGUAGACCCUACGGCUACAUAGAGCCAAACAUCCCUCAUAGAUCUUUAUUAUUAUUAUGCGACCGUAAGUGAUAUUUUAGAUAAUGCCACUACAUCACUCUGGUUCUUACUCAUCAGUUGACGUUGCAUGCUUGGUUAAAGUUGUGUGAAAUUCUAGGAAACUACUUUCGAGCACUGCGACACUAACGCUGUCCGUCUGUCUGUGACGUUAAUGUCAAAUCUACAUAGAACAUCUAUCUGUCUGUCGCGACGUCACUAACGCUCGCUUCGAAAGUCUUCCUUUAAGGAGAGGUCACAAGGAAUAUCUAAGGGCAUUCGCUGCGUUGAGCCUGUGCCCAUGCCAUGAGCGGGCGGCCGCGCCUUGCGCCCGCCUGCAGCGUCUCAACCACAGAAAUAAAUCAAUAGAACGGCGACGCGCGUGCAUUGCUAAG